AUGGACGCAAACCACAUAACCGUCCCUCACCCAUUGGGCCAAGCCUGGGGCUAUGGAAUCAUUCUAGGUCUCGGUUCCCUGUUCGCCCUUGGAAUGGUGCUCGUAACUUGGAUCCUCAAGCGCUACAACCAUGAAGUUCAAACUUCCGAAAUGUUCAGCACGGCCGGAAGAACAGUAAAGUCGGGAUUAGUCGCCUCUGCGGUUGUAUCGAGUUGGACUUGGGCCGCAACAUUACUACAGAGCUCUAGUAUGGCAUACAAGUACGGAGUUUCUGGGCCAUUUUGGUACGCCGCUGGCGCAACAGUGCAAAUUAUUCUAUUUGCAACUCUUGCUAUUGAGUUAAAGCGCCGUUCUCCCAAUGCUCAUACUUUCCUUGAAGUUAUCAAGGCACGCUACGGCAUGACCACGCACUUGGUCUUCGUUACCUUCGGCCUCUUCACAAACAUCUUGGUCACAGCCAUGCUCCUGACCGGCGGAUCGUCAGCAUUCACAGCCUUAACCGGUAUUUCGACUCCGGCCGCAUGCUUCCUGCUCCCACUUGGAGUCAUCGUUUACACCAUGUUCGGCGGCAUGAAAGCCACAUUCUUAACAGACUACGUUCAUACCGUCAUGCUUCUAAUUAUCAUCAUAAUUUUUGCAUUUACUGCCUACGCUACCAACCACAUCAUCGGCUCUCCAGGCGCAGUUUUCGACGCCCUUGUUGCCGCCACAGAGCGUCACCCAGUGGAGGGAAACGCAGGAGGCAGCUACCUCACCAUGAGGUCCAAGGAAGGCGCCAUCUUCUUCGUCAUCAACAUCAUCGGAAACUUUGGAACCGUGUUUUUGGAUAACGUGUACUACAACAGAGGAAUUGCAGCUUCCCCGGUCGCCGCCUUGCCUGGGUAUAUCAUGGGCGGGUUGUCUUGGUUUGCCAUCCCAUGGCUCUGCGCAACGACAAUGGGCCUCUCGGCACUCGCACUCGAGAACCAUUCCGUCUUCCCAACCUUCCCCGAGCGCAUGUCGGCAGCUGAUGUCUCCGCCGGGCUUGUGCUCCCUUAUGCCGCCGUGGCGCUCUUAGGGAGCGGCGGAGCAGUGUGCGCUCUACUUCUCAUUUUCAUGGCCGUCACUUCCGCAACCUCCGCCGAGCUCAUUGCGGUCUCGACUAUUUUCACUUACGACAUCUAUCAGACCUACAUCAAGCCUGAUGCAUCCAGCCGCAGCCUCAUUUACAUGUCCCACGUCAUGGUUGCCUGCUUUGGCCUCGUCAUGGCUGCAUUCUCAACAGGUCUGUACUACGCCGGCAUCUCAAUGGGCUUCCUCUACCUCAUGAUGGGCGUAAUAAUCUCCGCCGCCGUCCUCCCAGCAACCCUCACCCUCCUCUGGAGCAAGCAGAACAAAUGGGCCGCCAUGCUCUCUCCCCCUCUCGGCCUCGUUUGCGCCCUGAUCGCCUGGCUUGUCACCUGCCAAAAGAUGUUCGGCGAACUCACCGUCGAGACUCUGGGGUCCAACUACCCCAUGCUAGCAGGGAACGUGGUAGCCCUCCUCUCCCCCGUCAUCUUCAUCCCAGUCCUCACCUAUGGUCUCGGCGCGGAUAACUACGACUGGGUAUCCAUGGGCGAGAUCCGACGGAGCGACGACCACGAGAUCGCCGAGGCAUCUGGAGUUGAUCUCGAACUCGUCCCUGGGGAAGCGGUCAUAUCCGAGGAGCAGCUCGCCGAAGAACAACGGGUCCUUCUCCGCGCAUCCAAGAUCGCGAAGAUCGCCACCAUCUCGAUGACGCUAGGCUUCCUCGUCCUCUUCCCCUUCCCCAUGUACGGUUCCUCCUACAUCUUCAGCAAGCCCUUCUUCACCGGCUGGGUGGUUGUGGGGAUCAUCUGGAUCUUUUGCUCGCUGUUCUGCGUUGGGAUAUACCCGCUCUGGGAGGGAAGGCAUAGUAUGGCGCAUACGUUCAAGGCGCUGUAUCUGGAUGCGACGGGGAAACAGCACCCGAGUAGGCAUCAUGCGCAUGGGGCUAUGAUCGUGGAGGAUGAGAAGAGUAGUGGGUCUGAGACGCCGCCGGAGAAGAAGGAUUUGAGUGUUAGUGUGAGCGAGUGA